AUGAGUCACUUGCUGUGGAAAUAUUACUGGGAAAAUGAUGUCGAAAGAUUUCGACAUCUAUUGGAUCCUGCCACCGCGGCAGCUCCCGCUGGAUCCAAGAGCCCAGUGAUUGGCAGCAUCGGCUGGCCCAGUCCAGGCGGCUUCAAUUCUUCGCCACGCCUCGUCGGCAAGUCGCGCAAAGCCUCGGCCAAGCCAAAAGACUCGGCCAACGUCAUUGGAAAGGCCGAAAUUAACAGUCGCGAUCAUUCCGGCCUCACAAUUCUGUUGCGCGCCGCCUCCUCGACCGAUACCACCGCUCGCGACUUUGUUCACGCCCUCGUCGAACAUCCUGCCAUCGAUCUACAUAUACAAGACCCGGAGAGCGGUUGGAAUGCCCUCCAUAGAUCUCUAUACAGCGGAAAUGUCUCCAUCGCACGCAUCAUUCUAGCCAAAGAACGCGAGCAUAUUCUCUCCGGAACCACGGUAUCCGCGGGACGAGUUGGAAGACUCAUCAAGACCAAGGACCAUGAGGGAAACAGUCCCUUCGACGUCUACAACUCGACAAUUGCCACCCGUUCUUUGAAUAGAGGUCAAAUAAACGACGCCUCUGACAGUGAAUCCGACAGUGGAGAAAGCACAGGAGACUACAACGAACUCGCAAAGUCUACAAAUCUUGCCUCCUCUUUCGACCAAGGUGACGAGCUGUUUGUGUUUGGAAGCAACAGAAACAUGUCCCUUGGUGUUGGCGAUGAAGAUGACCGCCAAUAUCCCGAGCGCAUCCACCUCCAGCGCCCAGACGACCUCUUGCGCCGAUUUUACGAAUCAUACCUGGGGGAAGACGAUGGAGAAUUCAUUGCUGCCUCGUUAGAAAUCGAGGAUAUUCCCAUGCUGGUUCGCAGUCGCCCGCUCGUCAUUCAAGAUGUUGCCAUGUCCAAACUCCACACUGCCGUUCUGACCACAGAUCCUGUCAGCAAUCUGUACAUGGCUGGUCUUGGCCGAGGUGGACGCCUUGGACUAGGAGACGAAAACACCAAAUUCAAAUUUGCCCCUGUUCAAGGCCCCUUUGCCGACAAAAAGAUUCGUCAAGUUGCUCUUGGCCAGAACCACUCAAUGGCUGUUGCCGGCAACGGCGAGCUGUGGACCUGGGGUCUCAACUCGGAUUCGCAACUAGGAUACGCUCUCCCCCCUCCAACGAGAGCAGACGAGGAACCCAUGAGCCUAGUACCUCGCCAAGUUUUCGGAACCCUCAAGAAGGAGCUCAUCCAAGGCGUCGCCGCAUCUGCAUUGCACUCAGUCGCCCAUACCGGCACAUCGCUCUUUUGCUGGGGUCGCAACGUUGGACAGCUCGCGCUCAUGGAUGCUGAUUCUCGGUCGCUUGACAUCCAGGCUAUACCACGCCGAGUAGCCGCGUCUUUGCUGACGGCGCCGAUUCUCAUGGUAUCCGCCAUUGACAGGGCUACUACUGUUUUGCUGGCUAACCACAACGUCUGGGUCUUCACCAACUACGGCUACAAUCUGGUCAAAUUCCCGACUCCUGACGCAUUUGCCAACUAUAACCUGUCAUCAUACGCCAUCAGACGUGAGUCGGGAAGAAAAGAAAUUGUUUCCAUCGCCUCCGGUGGAGACACUAUCACAGCGGUCUCGUCUCGAGGUGAUCUGUUCACCAUGCACGUCAACAGCAAAGGCGAACUAGAUCAGCCUAAUGGCUCUACCACAAAUCCUGCCAAGAUAAAAGGCGCGGUAUCACAGCCGCAGUGUGUGUGGGAUUCUCGCAAGGAUGGUGUCACGUCCAUGAGUGUUGGAGAGCAUGGCUCCGUCAUCAUCUGCACCGAGUCUGGUGCUGUCUGGAAGCGAGUGAAGCGCACCAAGGGAAACCUGCUGUCUGGUGUUGGUGCGAAGAAGAAAGACUUCAAGUUUGAGCGUAUUCCCUACAUUACCAAUUGCACAAAAGUGCGAAGCUCGACUUUUGGUGCCUUUGCCGCUAUCCGAAAGGAUAGCAAAGUCAUGUCUGAAGAGAUUUCUGUUGCGAAACCAUCCAUUUGGGAGGAUAUUGGCUCGCUCCUCUGCCUGAACGAAUUUAAAGCGUCGUUGCCGGAGCCAGACGCGGCAGAGUGCCGGAAAGCUUUGAGCAAAGCCAUUGUCAGGGAAAAGCACAACUCUGUUGUUUACGAGCUGCUGAAAUCGCCGGACCUUGAAACGGACCUUGCGCAAAUGUUACAGCGCGGCUCGAUCCCCUUCAAGAAUAUCGACCUCCGUCUUUGCACCACAGCUGCUCCCGACCUGAAGCUUCCAGUAUAUGGCUGGCUGAUCUCUGCCAGAAGUCCCGUCGUUCUUGGUGCUCUCUCCAAAUUCCGCCGCAGCGGCAGGCAAUCAAAUGAAGAUGCGUUUACGCUGAGUGAAGACGAGGGCGGAAUUCUUCUCACGUUCCAGCAGAUUGACAUACUCACUCUGCUGAACAUUGUGCUAUUCACUUAUCUCGACACUAUGAUGCCUGUUUGGAAAUACACUAAGGAAGCACCUCCACUGGCCCAUCGUUAUCGACAAGUCAGAACUGAGCUCAUGAAAGUGGCGACCAGGCUACAAAUGAUGAAGCUCGAAAGUGCAGCCCGACUGCAAGGCAGUAUCGAACCUUCUUUGGACUCGGAUCUUCAGGGCGCGAUCUCAGACAGGCGGUUUUUUGAGGAUGGCGAUAUCCUGGUUCAACUUGAUGGUGAAGACUUCCCUGUCCAUAGCCAGCUUGUUUGCCAGCGAUGCCCCUUUUUUGAGGGCAUGUUUCAUGGCCGCUCGCAAGGUGGAUGGCUCUCCAGUAGACGCCUGGGUCGAGCUGCCCAGGACCGCAUCGAAGUUGAUCUAACGCACGUCAGUCCGGAUACAUUCAUGAUGGUUAUACAGUACAUCUAUGGUGACGUUGGCGAAGAUCUUUUCGAAGAUGUGACUUCUGCGUCGCUGGACGAGUUCUCCGAAACUGUUUUGGAUGUCAUGGCUACUGCGAACGAGUUGAUGCUUGAUCGGCUUUCACAAGCUUGCCAAUCCGUCAUCGGAAAAUUCGUCACUACACGCAAUAUUGCCAACUUGCUGAACGAGAUCAGUCCUUGUUCAGUCACUGAGUUCAAAGACGUGGGGCUGGAGUACAUCGGCUUGCAGUUGGAGAACAUGCUGGAGAAUGGUAACCUCGACGGCAUGGAUGAAGAGGUACUGUUGGAUCUCGAUGAGGUUGUGCGCGAGAAUCAGCUCGCCCGACUACCGUUUGUUCGAAGUGGGCGUGCAGAGCUGCUUCUGCAUGAGAAGUACCCGGACCUUGUCGUUGAUAUUGAAGAGGAGCGUCAGCGUCGUGUCAAGGAAUUCGCUUUCAAAGCUACCCACCGGGAAGAGGAGAGGAAGCUAUCUUCAUCUUACCGCGCACGCUUCGGUAGUUUGGAUGAGGUGGCAGCCUUUCCCAGAACACCUGAUGUUGGUCGACGCAAAUCUAGCUUUGCGCGAAACGAGCCAUUCAGUCCCAGCCUGCGGCCAAAAGAAUCACACGGAGAUCUCAUCUUUGAUAUGGAUGAAGAUGUAGCCAAGUAUGGCAAUGUGUCAUCACCCAACGCUCUAUCUCCUAUCCCCCAGCUAGACCUGGAUGUGGAAUCGAUGGCACAGCUCCCUGAGGCAGCUUGGCAGCAGCCCAAAAAGAAGCACUCGGUGUCAUUCUCCAGAUCACCCAUCUCCUCUGCCCCCGCGCCUGCGCUCUCGGCAUCUCGAACCUUGGGCGGAACCCCCAUCACGCCGGCUAACAAUCCUGCGCGGAAAGCAAGCGCCCCUUGGGCCUCACCUAUUCUGUCCACCACAAAGUUGGAUUUACGGGGAAUCAUGUCCGAAGCAUCUCCGAAGCCGACUUCUGCGUUGACGACAAGCCUAGUGGCCGCUGCAUCUAGGGAUACACCGUCGCCAAAGGCCCCAGCCAAGAUGUCACAAAAGGAGCGCAAGAGGCAGCUGCAGAAGUAUGCAGAGACCCAGGUUGUGGCAGACGAUGAGAAGACAAGCAGCAAGCCAUGGCAGCCCGUGUCGUUUGGCGACAACACGACACCAUGGAAAGCAGCACCGCCUGCCCCUAAGGUGUCAUUACAGGAGGCCAUGGCGUCUGAGUCCCAGAGUCGCGGGCCGGUGCCCAAGACAAAACCUCUUGUCGCUGCUGAGACGGAGCCCGAGACUAAACGGCGCACCUCAUCGCCUGACACCAAGUUUUCUGGCCAGAACCGUAGCCGACGGGCGGUGCCAGACGCGUCGGCGACUAACAGCCAACAGGGCUCAAGUCCACUUGUGCCACACUCCAAGUCGUACAUUACACGAGAACGCAGAGAAGCACCACUGGCAGGGGCGACUCUGGCUGACAUCAUCGGACAGCAGAAGCGUGAGCAGGAGCUGGUCAAGGAAGCGGUGGCCAAGCGGUCCUUGCAGGAGAUUCAGCAGGAGCAGGCGUUCCAGGAGUGGUGGGACCAGGAGAGCCGCCGUGCGCAAGAGGAGGAAGCGCAGCGCUCCGCGCGACCGGCCCGGGAUAGAGGCGACGCCGGUACUAAACGCGGAAGGAGAGGCCGCGGUGGCCGCGGCGGUAACGCUCAUGCUGGCGGAAACAGGUCGGGCAUUCGCCAGGAAACUACCGACAAGGGAGAGCAAACCAAGCCAACGUCGGGUCCUAGGGCGCGUGGGGAGCCGGCUGGCAAGGCUGUGGCCGUGACCGGAAGAGGCGGCAAGAAGUGA